AUGGUUAAAACAUGUUAUUUCCCAUUAUUGUUCCUUAUAUAUUUUUUUUUGAAUUGUUAUGUGAUACUCACUGAUGGUACUAAGGACAACAUAAAAAGUGAACAUCAUUCAUCUGCAGAAGGUAAUGAUGUCGUUGAACACAGUUUUGAACAAGGAAGGCACUAUGAUACUUAUUAUAAACAAUCAAGGCAAGAACCCUCAACAGAAGAGGAAAAACGAAAAAGAAAGGAAAAUGAUCAAAAAUGUACACUAGUUAAUCAGGAAGACGGUAGUUUAAAAUCAUCAUGUGAAGAACAACAAACCAAGGAAGUUAAGAAAAUUGAACAUCCUCUUAUAGCACAGCCACUAUCUCAUGAUCAACAGUUGAUGGAUGAAGUUGCACCAUAUAAAAUUAUGGAUACGAAAAUUGCACUUAAUAAAAAUGCCGGCGCCAAACCAGCAACAUAUGAAUCCAACAAAUUGGUAAGUGAUGAAGAGGAGAAAUACAUAAAUGAUGAUGAAAAUGAGUUAUAUGACAGGAUGGGUAUGAUGAGCAGGGGGUUUAUAGAAAAACAGGAUUUCUUUCAUGGUGUUAUUAAAACUUUAUUUAAUUUGUAUAACUCAAAUAUAGACAUAAGUAGUGCUAAUUUUGAAAAUGGUUCUAUAUUAUUCUUUUUCACUUUUUCAAAACAUACAAAGAAAGAAGAUAUUGGUGAGUUAAAUAUAUCGUUUUAUGGAAAUGUACGAAAACAUAAUAGCAACGGAAUUUCGGAAGGAAGAUCAGACUUUACCCUUCAUUACUUAUUGGAUGAUAUGAUAUCAAAAAAAAAAACGACUGACGAUAAUCAUCUUGAGGAAAUUGAUGUCUAUAAUAGUGAAAAUGAAAAUGAGAUGUUUUCGCAAUUAGGUUAUGAGAGUCGAGAAGAAAUAUCAAACAGUUCUACCGCUUCAACUGGAAAUUCUUCGCAGGAUAAAAGUGCCCUAAUUGUACCUAGCAAAUUUACGAAGAUGUGCAAAUCCAUUUAUGAUAGCAAAGUCGAUAGUUUUAAACAUUUUCUUACGUUAGAUAAGCUAAGCGAAAACGAAUUUUCCGUUUCGAAGUUGGAUGAUUUCCUGAACAUAUGCAUAACAAACGCCAGUGACGAACUGGAGGCAGAGAAAAAGAAGAAAAAACUUAAAAAAUUAAAAAAUUCUGAAGGCGAAAAUAAUGGUCAAGUGAGCGGGAAAGCAAGCGGACAAGGAAAUGGCGAGACAAAUGUGCCGAAUUUACCUAAAUCCAAUAUUAUAUUGCUUAAAGAGUUUAAACAGAGUUUAAUUAACAAAGACAUGGAAACAUGUAAAGAAGCUGCCAAGCUGUUAAUGGCUAAUUCAGCAAUUUCUAAUUUAGUAUAUUUCUUUGUAAUAAUGACAACUGUUAUUUUUAUGUUUUAA